CGGUAGAUAGCGAUUACAGCGAUCAGGUCUCGUUUCGUCCAGCUGCGUCCGGACACGCCGGACGCCGCAUCCCAAUCUCAUUCAUAAAGAAUUUGCCAAAGGAAUACGCAACUGAUCUGUCGGAGAACGCACAACAGGGCAAACAAGAAGGUACUUACGAAUACUAUGAAGCAUUAUGCUGGGUAAGUUAAGAAUGGACCAUCGUGGUCCGACAUGACGGAACCACGUGUGCUGCACCUGCUCCUCCUGCUGCCACCGCUUCUUACCCCAGCAGUGUCCUUCUCGACCGACACAACAACGACCCUUCGACCUCCAAAGACCCUUUGUCCAUCACCUUGCAUUUGCCAGCCACAGCCAUUUACUCUACUCGGUAAUCUUACCUUAAGAACAACAAACUGCUCUAGACAACAAUUAGUGACAGUACCCGUAGGAAUAUCUAUAGAUACUCAAGCUUUAGUUUUGCAGCGCAAUAAUCUUACCGACUUGUACGGUCAGCUUCCACCUUUGCAAAACCUUUUGUGGCUCGAUUUAUCCCAUAACCAGAUUAAACAGUUGGGCAGGGGUCUGAUAUUUCACAACUUCACGGAUUUGCGUGUGCUUAAUUUAUCGUACAAUGAUUUCAGAACAGUAUUCAAUGGCGUAUUUAGAGGCAUACACCGUCUUCAGUUUCUCAUCAUGACGCACGUACAAAUCAAAUUUAUUGAAGAACAUGUGUUUGAUGGUCUAAGUGAAUUGCAACGCCUAUAUCUGGCACACAAUCAACUAAAUGCAAUUUUUCCCGAGUGGUUUAAAGAACUGCCUAAGUUGGAAGAAUUACACUUGGAAAAUAAUCACAUCUCGUACGUUAACAGUGGAUCAUUUGCGGCGCUCAAGAAUCUUCAGCGACUGUCUCUCAGUGGUAACAAAAUACGUGGGGUGAGUGACCACGCUUUUGGAGAGAACCUCACUUCCCUCUUCAUAGAGGAUAACCAACUUAUGAAAGUGCCAUCGAUAUCCUUACAAGCUACAAAAAGCAUUAAAAUAUUAAAACUCGGGGGGAAUUUUUUCCCGCAGCUACACACCGGUGAUUUUGUGCGUUUGAGGCUGGAAGAAGCUUUCAUCGAGAACAUCGCUGAUCUGACAAUAAUUGAUCGAGGAGCUUUCUGGAAUUUACCUUAUCUUAGGACAUUGCAUUUGCAUCACAAUGCAAAACUUCAAUUCGUAGAUUCCCAAGCUUUCAUAAAUGUGCCAAAUUUGAGAAUACUUUCUUUGCAUGGCAAUAACUUAUCAGCUAUCAGUCAAGAUGUACUUAAAACAUUCAGAAAACCUUUACAGAUUAGUUUGUAUGAGAACCCUCUCCUUUGUGAUUGCAACGUCAAAUGGAUACACGAAGUUGUGACUAAUAAUACCAGUCAGAUUAAAAUGCUCAAUGCUGAAACUAUGGUUUGUGAUCGACCAUCGGAACUUCACCAAGUCCAAGUUAAGAGUUUAAUCAAAUCACAGAUUCCAGAUAACUGCCCUCCAGUAUUAGUAGGUUCUAUCAAUAAUACCGUGGAUAAAAAAAUAGGUGACAAACACAUAUUCCAAUGCAGGGCUCACGGAAUACCCGUUCCUAACGUCCACUGGAUCCUGCCCAAUGGCGCUGUCCUCAAUCAAACGUCCAAUGACAUACACAUUCACCUUAAGAGUCCUGGUAGCCUCGGAAUAUACCAUCUCAAGCCCAAAGACUCGGGUACUUAUAUUUGCAUAGCGGAAAAUGCUUUGGGCGAAGCUAUGGGAGUGACUCAACUGACUGUAGAGAAUAUUGACAUUAAUAUUUUUCCACUGGGAGUGGCAUCCACGUUCGUAACCGUAGUAUGGAAUGGAACAGCUAGAAACGCUUUUCCCGAGUACGAAAUCAUAUACCGCAAAGAAAAUGGUGGGAGUCCCAAAAAGGAGUAUCAGUCCGUCACAGUGAGCCAGUUUUUCCGUUCUUAUACCAUAAACAACUUACAACCGCAGAGCACUUACAAGUUCUGCAUUGGCGUCAAGAGUAAAGAAGACAAACAGUACGUCCAGUUUUCUUGCAUGUGGGUGCGGACCCGAGAUGAAAGCUUCUUGAUGCAAGGGAUUCACCAUACCAGCAAUGUAGCAGUGGCUGUAGUUUUAGGCAUUGUAGCAAGCAUGAUGGUCGUCGUAUGCGUCGUGACUGUCGCCGCCAGGAAGUACCGCCAAAGACAUUAUGAUACACCAGAGAAAUCUCUUGUUAGCAACAUGGCACAAAUACCAAUGGAGAAUUUACACAGUCCCCUCAUGUCUCACGUUGGGUCAUAGUGGAUGUAAAGUUCGUAAUUACAGCAAUACAGUGUAAUUGAACUAGAAAUGGACACGUAGAAAAAAAAAAGGCUUUCCUAUCAAACACAUCCUAUCAGCUUUAAGUUCAUAGACGUAACAACAUAAACCUUAAUAUCUUAGAAUUAUUUGGAAUACGAACACAGUUCGUAACUGAAGUCCUCUGUUUUACCUAAACAUUAUACAGAUUGUAAAUAUGUUAAGAAGAAUUAUAUGAAUAAAUAUAAAAGUCAUCAACUA